AUGGCUACCGCGAGUCGAUCCGGGCGGGCUGAUGAUGAGCUCUUCCUCCGCGGCGCAGGAAACGAACCUCAGACGCCAACAGUCGAGCCGCUGCGCAUCAAUAAAAGAGAUUCUGCGUCUGCCUCGCCCCCUUUGAGAACAGGCUCAGCUGGAACCCAGCAGAGCAGCCAAGCACCAGCAACCAAGAUACAGCAACCGCUUCCUUACCCCUCCGGUCCCUCUACAUCUACUAUAGCACCAACAACACAACUUCCUUACCCAGAUGAUAGAUUUCCCAGGGUCAACGAUCGAACACAUCAAGCUCCUUACCCAGAAGAUGGCUCACCUAGGAUUCCUGACGCAGGUCGUUCCUCCCCAGCCUAUGUUUCUUCCAACUCUUCGCCAAGGUCUGGCACCAGUGAACACGGUCGAUUUGGAGUCUACUCUCCUGCCAGGGACGGACAACCUCCUUUAAGCUUGGGUGAACGGAGAGGAAACGUGCCGAAACCUCUUCCGGAAUCACCGGGGCCCGAUCUUCCGGAUAAAGAAGGCUUAUUUCAGAAAUUGCCACAGCGCCAGAAUCCUCCUUCAACACCUGGUCUCCGGCAGGCUCCGGAACGGCCAGCAAAUGCAGCUCAGGAUGAACCCUAUGCGGAUUAUCGACAACAGUAUAGGGCUCCAACGGGGCGCCCGGCAGCUGGAUCUGCCGACGGCGUCGCUGAUGCUUAUGCAAUGCCCACUCCAGGAACAGUUCAUCGUUUACCUUCUACAGCAUCUAUUUCAACAACGCGUGCUCAGCGCGGUUCUCCUCCGCCACCAGAGACACCAGCAGUAGGCCCAGGAGAACCCGUUGGAGGUGGUAUAGAAGCUCGGUAUGCGGCUUCAGGCAUAGCGGGUACCGCUACACUAAAUAGCUUGCAAGCGCAGAAUGCAGCAGCCGCUCAGCGUGCGCAACAGUAUACAGCGAGAACCCCACGGUAUACGCCUGCGCCGGAGAGACAAGAGCCGCCCCGCCGGCCAUGGACACCCACAGAGCUGCCAGGCACUGCGCCUCAUGGUCCACCUACAGUCUACCAAGGACCGACAGAAGUUACACAAUCAGUCACACCAGAGCCAGCUCCUGCGCCCCGCGUUGACUCCCCUGCUUCCUCGGCUCAUUCCCGCGCAUCGCAACCUCCUCACCCACUUGAGCAAGACAUUCAAAGAUUGCAAAUGACAUCUUCGCCUCCUCCGGCAUAUACCAGCGUAACGGGCCCUGCAGCCGCCCAAAGAUACCCUGCAGAGAAACAAGGGCCUCAAAGCGGCACGGCAGUAAAUGCUGGUGGGAUCACAGCCGCAACAUCCGCUGGUCGACCUCUCAAUGGCCAUUCCGCUACUCCUUCGUAUCAGGAUAACCAGAUUCAAAACCACCCAGCAUUUGCAAAUGACCCGAGACAGGCAGUGGCUUCCCCCGGCCCUGGACAAACCACUUUUGCCUCCACACAAAAGCUUGCAAACACAUCACCUGGUCCAGGGUUUGGGGCGGGCCCUGCCUCUCCACCACCAUUGCCCGAAGGCUGGAUUGCACAUCUCGAUCCUAACUCUGGCCAGUAUUAUUACAUUCAUCUUCCCACCCAAUCCACCCAAUGGGAGUUUCCAAAGGGCCCUACUCCAUUGAACUUGAAUGAGCCGCUGUCACCUACAAUCAGCACAUAUGGCGGCCAUAGUCUAGCCUCACCCAUUAUGAGUACAUUUGGUGGGAAAGCUUUAGCCUCUCCUGGAUUCCCAUCGUCCGCUGGGUAUGCCGAGACUGUGUUUAAUCUCGGCAGUCCUCCCGGCGCUGGUUUUACUGGUCCGCCUCCAAGCAGCGGCGUCGAUAUUUACCGUGUUGCUCCAACCAACGGAGUAUACUUUGGUCCGUAUCUUCGGUACACGAAUAUGGAUCUAGAGAGAGGCAUCUGGCUAGGUUCUAUCUUGCUUGUUACGGAUGCUCCUCAACCGCCAACCAUACAUAUUCAUCAAAGCAUUGAUCUUUCUCCAAACCCUCGACAAUUAAAGGCAAAUCCGAUAUUUACUCAUCAGAGAUGGGUCUUUUACCGAUAUGAAAUUGAUCUGCGGAUGGAGGAAGCAAGCACGAGAUGGACCUACGCCAUCACCUCGCACCUCGGGUGCACUCGUUAUGAAUUUCUGAUCGCAGGACGGUACGAGACAAAUUGGAGGUUCAUUGCCCAUUCAGGGAAUGAUUUCUCUUUGAACGUAAACGCAAAUGAGCGAUCUCGUCUCGGUGGAGUAGGCUAUAUGUGGAAAGACAUUAUGCAGAAGCAUGUGGAAUGCGGAGGAUUCCAUGUGCAGCUCGGCCUUGGCGAUCAAAUCUAUGCAGACCGGCUCUGGAAAGAGAUACCGUUGCUCAAGCAAUGGCUUGUAAUGAGUGGCAAAGAAAACAGAAAGAAUGCUGUAUGGACCGCGCAACACGAAGAAGAGGUUUCACAUGCCUACUUCCACUACUACACAAGCCACUUUGACCAGCCACAUUUGAGAGAAGCUUUUGCUCAAAUACCCCAUAUUCUCCAAAUUGAUGAUCACGAUAUUUUUGAUGGGUUUGGCUCAUACCCGGAGUACAUGCAAUUCUCGCAAAUGUUUCGAAAUAUUGGCCGAAUAGGCAUCGAAAUGUAUCUGCUUUUCCAGCAUCAUACGACGCUUGAAAUUCUUCGAAACGUCAGUGAUGACGUAGACCUAUUCACCAUCACUGGUACUGGUUGGCAUUUCGUAAAGUACCUUGGUCCCGCGUUGGUUGUCGUUGGGCCAGACUGCCGAUCAGAACGGAAUCCACAUCAAGUCAUGGCGGGACCGACCUAUCAAGGACUCUUCCCAAAGGUGGCACUUUUACCCCCGAGUGUGCAGCACUGCAUAUGGAUGAUAUCGGUACCGUUGAUUUAUCCUCGGCUGGAAACUGCUGAGACCAUUGCCAACACCGUCGCCACUGGCAAAAAGGCUGUUACCGGAGCUUACAAUGUGCUGGGAAAGGUGACCAGCUCUGUCGCGGGCGUUGUUGGUGCAAAGAACGUGGUAGGAUCAGGUUUUGAAUCAGUCAAGCGAGCAGUUGGCAAGUCUGGGCUUAUGGGCGGCAUUUUGAGUCCGUUUGGUGAAAUUGACAUGCUUGAUGAACUCCGUGAUCAAUGGACGCACGAAUCAAAGGACCUCGAACGGACUUACUUUAUUCGAACACUGCAGGGCAUUGCACACCAAAAGUCUCUCCGAAUGACUAUUUUCUCAGGAGAUGUCAACUGCUGUGGAGCAGGACUUGUCCAUGACCCUACCCGGCCGUCCGAUCAUAAGACCAUGUACCAGAUAAUUGCGUCCUCUGUCGUAAAUGUUCCGCCUCCAUCCUACAUUCUUAAGCUCCUUCACAACAACAAGCCUCUAUAUGUCCCUGCCAAUGGACAUCGCUCGACAAAUGCGCCGUCGGACACAAAAGAAGACAUGAUGGAAAUAUUUCAGAGUGAACCCAAUGGCACUCCACGUGAGCAGAAAAAACUCAUGGGCCGAAGAAAUUAUGCGGUUUGCGUUGCAUACGAUCCAGAGGUCAUUACUGGCACGUUUGGUCAGGCCACUCCUAGUCAUGGCGGUGGAAGAUUAAGCCUCGCGGUGGAUUUCAUGGUCCAAGCUGAUGGAGGGUAUGCUGCGCCGGUGGUCAAAUACGGACCGGUCAUUAUCCCAAGUCUGGAAUACGGUAGGUGA